AUGGUGGUACCCAAUCAAGUGACGCUUGCUGCUGACAUUGUUGCGCCUGCUCACCAGAUGGGCAUUGACAACCGCGCAUGGGACGAGACGCUUCAGGGACUGAUUGCGUUGAUACCAGACGAACCCGGAGAGGCGACUAUGAGUCUUGACAGUCUAAAGGGAAAUUUGUUUGACACGGUGGCACUCCAUUACUCUUCAGCCAGUCAGGGCCACUCUGAGCGCAACUCUGUUUGGGCUGAAGUCAAAGUUUGCCGAUCAAGUGCAGGCCAGGCUGUGGGAUCUGCACUUGCAAACAUCGAGGGCAUCACUCUCAAGCUCUUAUUUAAUGAUAUCGAAGUUGCGGAAACCCUUGCUUGGGAUGCCUUGCGAGCCAUCGUUGAUUCCCCGCACAUGCACCCCCUCUGUAUCGACCAUAUCGGGCCGGUGGAUCGAGACUUCGAGGCCGCGAAGAGAAUAUUGUGUUCUGUGUUGCGCCGCACACAGUUGACCUGGGCUCUCGAAUCAGGCAAACUGCAGUUCCGUGAUCGCAUUUCCAAUGCUGAUCUCGCUACAAGUGAAGACAUAUUGUCUGUACCGACAGAGCAAACCAUCGACGACAUCACAGUCACUCUCGACAUUGCCGAACAAGCAGAGUGGUUGCUGCGCCUAGUCCACUCUCGCUUUGAACAAAAUACAAGGGAGCAUUACCUACGAAAGCUUGUAAGGACCUGCACAAGAGACGUAUCCACGAAUAUAGCCUCGAAGACCGCGCCGUCCACCGCAGAUAGCGCCCAAAACGCGACAGUCUAG